GGGGUAUGGAGGGAGGGGGAGGUGGGCUGUCCCCGCCGGCGCCAUGUGAUGCCCUCUCCUCUCCGGGCCCUCCCCGGCGCGGAGCGGAGCAUCCCCGGGGCCGACGGCCGCGUCCCGCCGCCGGAGCCGCGCCCGCGGGGCCCCUUUUAGGGCUGGGUCUUCCAGGCACGAAGCAGCAGGAGGUUCCUUGGUGGCGUCCGGAGAGCGGGUCUGACCUGCAGCACUGCUGUCCCCACUGCAUCCCCACCGUGUCCCUCGCGCCCCCUGAACCUCCGUGGGGGAGAGGAGAACGAGGAGGCCUCGCCGGAGCUGGUUAAAACAACAUAUCUUAUGGAAAAGGUACCUGAGAUCUUCAGUCACCCUGUGACCUGCCUUGCUGCUGGAAGGACAUGGAGACCUUGAAAAGCUGUCGUUGGGCAGGGAAUUUAAUACACAAGGCCAUUGCAGGACUUUGUCCCAUCUUAAAUGACGUGUGGAAGUGAACAAGAACCAACUGCUAAAGAUGUAAUAUUCCCCUAGACCAUCCCAGCCUUGGUCCCGGUGGGAGGUGGGGGCUCCUCCAGCCACGGCGUACGCAGCGGGGUACGUUGCCUUCGCUUGUCCUCGAUGCUGGGUUUGCCCGGGCUCCCUCUGCGCCAGCCAAGGGUAGGAGCUGCUGGCGCGCGGAUGCAGACCCGUGCCUGCCAUCCGCCUGUCCCUGUGUCCCAGCCCCGUGCAUCCCUCGUGUGACUCAGUCGGAGGCAGAGAGCCAAGGCUGUGCCCUCUCCUGCGGUCCAGGAGCUCUCCCGUGCCCGCUGCCGAAGCCGCCCCAUUCCCAGCUCCUCCCAGAGCCGCCCAGCAGCUGGAGCAUCCAUCAGGGACCCUCCUCGCUGGGACGCUUGCCUCGCAGUCGGUCUGCCAGAACCUGGGCUUCCCACCUUCACAGCCGACGUCGCAGGUGUUCCACUUGCCAGAGCGUCGCUCCAGCUGGGGUUAAAAGAGCCGUCCCCGCCGCCUCGGCCCCCCCAUGCUUUUGGGAAUGAGUGCCUGUGGCAGGAAGGCGCUGACCCUGCUCAGCAGCGUGUUCGCCGUCUGCGGCCUCGGCCUCCUGGGCAUCUCCGUCAGCACUGACUACUGGCUCUACCUGGAGGAGGGCAUCGUCCAGCCCCAGAACCAGUCGGCCGAAAUCAAACUGUCGCUGCACUCGGGGCUCUGGAGGGUCUGCUUCCUGGCAGGGGAAGAGCGCGGCCGGUGCUUCACUAUCGAGUACGUCAUGCCCAUGAACAUCCAGCUGACAUCUGAAUCCACAGUCAACGUCCUGAAGAUGAUCCGCUCUGCCACCCCCUUCCCUCUGGUCAGCCUCUUCUUCAUGUUCAUCGGCUUCAUCCUGAGCAACAUCGGCCACAUUCGGCCUCACAGGACCAUCCUCGCCUUCGUCUCGGGGAUAUUCUUCAUCCUGUCGGGUCUGUCCCUGGUGGUGGGGCUGGUCCUCUACAUAUCCAGCAUUAACGACGAGAUGCUGAACCGGACCAAAGACUCGGAAACGUUCUUCAAUUACAAAUAUGGGUGGUCAUUUGCCUUCUCUGCCAUCUCGUUCCUUCUCACAGAGAGCGCCGGGGUGAUGUCCGUUUACCUGUUCAUGAAGCGAUACACGGCCGAGGACAUCUACCGACCUCACCCCGGCUUCUACCGUCCCCGGCUGAGCAACUGCUCCGACUACUCGGGGCAGUUCUUGCACCCGGACGCGUGGGCGCGGGGACGCAGCCCUUCGGAUAUCUCCAGCGAGGCGUCGCUGCAGAUGAACAGUAACUACCCGGCUCUGCUCAAGUGCCCCGACUACGACCAGAUGUCCUCGUCCCCGUGCUGAGCCCCGCCACCCCCCGCGCCCGCUCCCGCCCGAGCACCAACGGUCGCCACGUCCUGACUCCCUUUGUCAUUUAUUUUUUAGGCCGCUCUUUUGGGGCAAAUGUCUAUUUAUAGGAGCGUAAAUAUAACCCGGGAGAUUGGUUACAUAACCAACAAUGUAACCUAGAGAAUUGGGAUAUUUCCCUUUCUUUGGUUUGUUUUUUUUUUUUAUUCUUCCCUGCAUAACUAAAAAUCUCUCCAAAGUCCUCUCCUUUCAGCUCAUCCCGCUGAGCAAACAGCAGUUCUGGCUGGGGGAUAAAUCCAGGGCUGGACUCGAGAGCAGAAAAAAGAAAAUAGAGUAGAACUCAGAGAAAAACCUGUGUUUUUCGGUUUAGGUAGACUGCAAAAGUUUGUGCAUUUGGCUGUAUCAUUUAAUUAUACAUUUACCGGCCUAAGUGUCAGCAGGCGUAAAAGAUUUGUGUAAAUUUGCAAGAAAUAGCCAUCAUUAGGAAAAUAUAAAUUUUGUCUUGACUCAGCAUUUACUGAUUGAUCUCUCCUGUUGCUGGAUACCACUUUUAAGCAGGCUGUAAUGGGAAAUAGCCAUCUUUCUUGACUAUACCUCAGCAGGCUUGGGCACAAGCAGGUUGUUGUUUCUCUGUGGCCACUUGCAAACUGUUGCUUAAAUAUCCGUGUUGUUUGGCUGGAGGCUCUGCGGCCCUGGGGUGUCCGGGCUCUUGGGUGGCUCAGGCACCCACUUUCCCUCCGACGUCCCAUAGGCCGGGGGUCUGAAGAGCGACUGGGAGUAUUUCAGCACUGAGUGGAAAACUAGCUAAAACAUUCCCGUCGGAAACAUUAGGUGCAGGAUUUAGGGGGGAAUUAUGGCCAGAAGUGCAAGUUAUUUUGGUGACAGGCGAGAUCCCAAACCGGCAUAAAGGGAUGUAGCUGAAAUCAACGGCAAUAGUCCAGCGUAGGAAAGUAGUUAGCUUAUAUUUAAUUUUGGCAAGAAUAUGGUAUUUUAGCUGCUUUUUUUUUGUGUCUGUAUAGACCUUAUUUUGAGGUUUUAAGUUUUAAAAUUUCAUAUGACGCUUUGGCAUUCCGGUCUUAGACAGCUGCCAGGGGGAGAGCAUCGCUCCGAUUGGAAACGAAGGGCAGGGAAGGAAAAGGCUGGCUCCCGCCUGCGCAAGCCGCGAGCUGUCACCUCACAGGAGAAAGAGCUUUCUCCAAACUUUAUUUCCGUCCUUGUUAUUUUAAACCUUUCUGAACAUUUCCUUUCUGCGGAACAAAACCCUCCAGGGAUUCUUGGUAUAUUUGAGCUUGUUUUGUCUUACUGUAAUUAAAACAAAUAGAAUACACGUACUUUUAACCUCAUUUGUAGCAUACCGUGUAAUGAAUGUUGCACCUUUUUGUUAUUAUUUGUUAUUUAAUAUUUAAUCCUUAUUAUUUACUAUUUAUUAUUUAUAAACUACUCCAAAGUAGGGUCCAAGUCCUGGCGCAGCACCAGGCUUUGCGUGGACUCUGGCGCCCGCCCCGUGGGACGUCGCUGCAGGUGCGUAUCCAGCCCGCUCUUGGACAGGAUCGUUUCCUCUCCAGUUCCUUCAGACAAGCAAGUAACGUAUAUCUGGUGUAUAUCUAGUGUCACUGACUCCUAUUUACUGAGUUUUAUAACCACGGCAUCUUUUUGUAGACACCACUGUAUUUACCCUUAGAUUUUGUAUUGCCCUCAAGCAUCUGCCCUCUCCUUCUGAAACCCAGUUUGUAAGUGCUACGUGACAGGGUCAGUGCUGGGAAGGUUCAAGCAUUAAAGCACACCCAGCCCCACCAUCCAGUGACAAAACUUGCUGGUCCUCAUCCAGGACCAGAUAAACCAUCAGUUUUCCACUGGGAUCCACAGGCUCCAAGAACGCGCGGGAGUUCACAAGCGAUGAUCUUACAUUCGCCAGAGCCCGAUCGAGUUUGCUGGGCUUGGCGUUAGGGCUUUCUGGUGGCUCAAAACCAGUUGCCUUUGCAUCUUCCCCUUGAGGGAUCCUUUAUAUUCUGAGUCUUUCCUGGGAGGGAGACCUUCGGGCUCACCAAAAUCGCUGAUGCUCGGAGGAGCGAGGGCUGUCCCACACGGGUGUGUUGUUUAGUGUGGUUAACCCUGUACAGCAUCAUGAGACGUCCCUGUCCCCGAGCGGAAUUUUCCUUUGUACUGAUUGAAUACAGAAUUAUUCAGUUUAUAAAUUAAAAUGUCUGCCUAUGUAAGCAGAAGACGUGAAAAAAAACUUCGCGCCUCCCUUAAGGCCCCAGCAGGUUUAGCAGAGUCUAGGGGCGAAUUAGAAAAGUAAUUAUUUUAAUUCAUUGGAGAGAUUGUCAUCUUGUGGCUGCAUUUGUGAGCCUGGGAGUUCGCAUGUUCACCCAGUGAGCAUAAGCCCUUUGUAAGUGCGGGACUGCCAAAAGAAAUCUGUCAAAAGACGUGCUUGCUGUUGGUUCAGUAAACGCUGGUUUGGGGCAGGAAAACGCGGUGCUUGGUGAAGCACGGGCAACGGUGGUUGUGCCACCGGGUGGUGUUGCUGCCCCUCUAACAGCGCCCGGUGUGGCAGCAGCUCUCGGCAUGGAUGGCUACAGCCUCGAGGUGCAAGUAUCACACCUUCACUGGCUGGGAGAAACUUCUCCAGAGCCUCUGCGGCACGGAGACAUGAGCGUGGUGGG